AUGGCACAUCCAGUACAACUGUCGACAUCGCGCGACACUCCGAACCCUCUACGACCUUACUACCGUCCUCCCUCGAUAGGCCUGCCGCCUGCAGAUGCAAACGCGACAGCCUCGUCGACCGGUCCAAGCAGCAGCCUGGGCAGCUCAGCUCGCAAUGUCUUUGACGACCUCGACUACUCAUCAUUCCUGAACGAUGGCGACUCGGCUUCGGUCGCCGACAUGGGUCGCAAGGUCCUCGAUCAAGCCUUGUGGAAAUACACCUCGGUCCUUCUCGCCCAGCCCUUCGAUGUCGCAAAGACAAUUCUACAAGUCCGUCUGGCCACUCAGCUCGAUGCCGAAUCUACCUUGAGACGAAGAACCUCUGCCCGCUUUGCUGUCGACCAGUACCCUCCGAGUGAUGAUGAGUCGGAUCCCGAUGAGCCCAGCUACUUCACUCCAACCAAGCCCACAAGGGCCCCCGAGUCUGAUAGAUCCCGUUCUCGUCGUCCUCGAACCCCACCCUCGCGUUCCUCCAGGGAUCAGUCGCCUGCUCCACAUGUCCUGCAGCUGCGAAGACCAGACUCGGUUAUGGAGGCCCUAUCACAGCUAUGGCAGCAAGCCGGGGCUGCUGCUAUGUGGAAGGCUACCAACGCCACCUUCAUCUACAACGUCCUGCUCAAGGCUGUCGAGGGCUGGACACGGAACCUGCUAUCUGCUCUAUUUGAUCUGCCCGACCCUUCGUCUUUGGCUUCUGUUCCCGCAGAGGUCGUCGCUGGUGCAAUGGGUGGUCUCGACCUAGCAGACAGUCCCUCGCCCCUGGCAUCUCUGGGCAUCGCAGUCGCUGCCUCUGCCAUUGCUGGUCUUCUGCUUGCUCCUCUUGAUCUUGUCCGCACGAGGUAUCUAACUAUACUAUUCUUAUGCUCUUCACAUGCUGAUCCUUUUNNUAGACUUAUCCUUACACCAACCACUUCACAACCGCGUGCCAUUCUACCCAACCUCCGCCUUCUGCCGAGUCUUACCAUCCCUACCUCGCUCUUCCCCAUCACUCUCCUCCACUCGACGCUUCCUACUCUUCUGAGCACCAGUACUCCGCUUGUCCUUCGUCAAUACUUCCGUGUUGAUCCACUCUCGACACCAGCCACCUACUCUCUCGCCACUUUCCUUACCUCAACCACCGAGCUCUUCCUCAAACUACCCCUCGAAACUGUCCUUCGUCGCGCCCAAAUAUCCCACCUCAAGACUUCUCACAAACACGCAUACAACAAAGCCGCAAUGAACUCGUUCCGCGGUAACAAGUCCGUUAGCAGUCCAGAAAUGGACACGAUCGUUCCUGUCGGUCCCUACAAGGGUGUCUUCGGCACUGCUUGGAGCAUCAUGACUGAGGAAGGCAUUCGUGAGCAACCNCCACAGAGUCGCAUGAGCACUCCUGCUAGGCCCGGUCUGGUGCCGCAAAGAAGAGAAAAGAAAGGCCAGGGUAUCGGUGGUCUGUGGAGAGGAUGGAGAGUUGGCAUGUGGGGUCUUGUUGGUGUCUGGGGUGCUUCUGCUCUUGGAGGUGGCGGCAGAACUGGUGGAGAAUUCUAG